AUGAAGAGAGCCAACUUCACAGGGGUAAGAGAGUUUGUUUUCCAAGGUUUCUCUGAUUUCCAAGAAUACCAACUCACGCUCUUUCUUGUCUUCUUUGUCCUGUAUAUCCUGACUCUGGCUGGCAAUGUCAUCAUUGUGACCAUUAUCCGUAUUGACCACCACCUUCACACCCCCAUGUAUUUCUUCUUAAGUGUUCUCUCCACUUCAGAGACCUUCUAUUCUCUGGUCAUCAUCCCACGAAUGCUUGGUAGCCUUGUAGGUCUAAGCCAAACCAUCUCCCUGGAGUGCUGUGGGAUGCAGCUCUAUUUUUUCCUUGGAUUUGGAAUCACCAACUGUCUCCUGCUAGCAGUCAUGGGUUAUGAUCGUUAUGUGGCCAUCUGCAACCCACUCCGUUAUAGCGUUAUCAUGAAUUGGAGGGUGUGUGCCAUUCUGGCAUCUUCAGUCUGUGCCACAGGGUUCCUUCUCUCACUAGUUCAGGCUGUGUCCAUUUUUAGGCUGCCAAUGAAGAAACAGAACCACACUUUGGUGAGUAAGUUCACUUUCCAGGGUUUCUCUAACUUCCAUGAGCACCAACUCACACUCUUCGUUGUGUUCUUGGUACUGUAUAUAUUAACCCUGGCAGGUAACGUCAUCAUUGUGACCAUCAUCAGUCGUGAUCGUCACCUUCACACUCCCAUGUACUUCUUCCUCAGCAUGCUGUCAGCUUCAGAGACGGUGUACACACUUGUCAUUAUACCAAAAAUGCUCUUCAACCUUAUUGGUCUGAGUCAGCCCAUUUCCUUGGCAGGUUGUGCCACUCAGAUGUUUUUCUUCAUCACGUUGGCUAUCAACAACUGUUUCUUGCUCACAGCCAUGGGAUAUGACCGCUAUGUGGCUAUUUGCAACCCUUUGAGGUAUUCAAUCAUCAUGAACAAGAGGGUGUGCCUCCAGCUGGUGUGGGGAGCCUGUAGCAUUGGUUUAAUUGUAGCCAUGAUACAAGUGUCCGCUGUGUUCAGGUUGCCCUUCUGUACCGCCAAGGUGGCUCACUUCUUCUGUGACAUCCGACCUGUGAUGAAACUCUCCUGCAUUGACACCACUGCCAAUGAGAUCCUGACUUUGAUCAUAAGUGUGUUGGUGAUCUUGAUCCCUAUGAGCUUGGUUUUUAUCUCCUACAUUCUCAUCAUCUCCACCAUCCUCAAGAUUGCCUCUGCUGAGGGCAGGAAGAAAGCCUUUGCCACCUGUGCCUCUCAUAUCACAGUGGUUGUUAUCCAUUAUGGCUGUGCCUCCAUUGCCUACCUUAAACCCAAAUCAGAGAACACCAGGGAUGAGGACCAACUGAUCUCUGUGACCUACACUGUCAUCACACCACUCCUGAACCCUGUGGUAUACACCUUAAGGAACAAAGAAGUUAAGGAGGCUUUGAAAGAAGUGUUGAGCUAA